AUGAUACUUUAUGCAGUGGGAAAUCAAGCUCCCUGCGGGCUGCCUCGCUGCUGCUCGUGCAGUGCUCCAGCCUCCGUGGCAGACAGCUGGCAGAGCAGAGGCAGCCAGGGCUGUUGUCACAGUACCAAGACAGAAGGCCACAUUCUUGGUUGUGCUACAGAACCAGCAAGUUUUCAUCGAUCACCGCAAGGAUUUCCUAAGAAUAAAAGCGCCCCAAGAGCCACUGCAGCACCCCGUGCCGCGGCGGUGCAAGAGGAUCGCAUUCAGGCGGCGCAGUGCAGGAACACCGCCGGGGUUCUGCCUGAAAGAACCUGCGGGAAAUGGAAGGGGCGAGGCGCCCGCACGCAGACGUGUCUGCUCCAAGGGCUGAGGAAAAGCGCCGGCCGGGCGCUCCCGCCUCCACGGAGCAGCCCGGUUCCCGGCCGCGUAGAGCCCGGGGAUGCGCCCGGCGUCGUGCAGGCUGAGCCGGCUCUCAGCUCUCCGAACGCCGCAGCUGCCCCUCCGGACCACAAGCCUAGCGCCGGCUGCCACGGGCCCCGACCUCGGGCUCUGCCACUUCGAAGGAGCGGCGGACAGCGAUGCCGGGCGGCUGAGCCCCGGUUGCCUGAGAGAGGGGGCAACGAGUCCGGCCACGCUAGGGGGCUCCGGGGCCGGAGCUGCCGCCGCGCCGCCACCCCUUCAAAAUGGCUUCGCCACCGCCGCGGCCCCUCGCCGGCAGGGCCGCCCGUACCCCCCCCCACACGCCGGGCACGCCGCACUGCACCCGUCGCGCCGCGCUCCACAGCAAGGUCACUUUCUUUUUGUUGAGAACCACAGAAAUACCAGUUCUACAUCCAAAAAGGAAAGAAGGGCUGCAAACCACCACCCACUGUGACUGACCUCAGAGUCAGCAGCACCAGGAGGACUGAGCCUCUCCGUUUCCAAAACCACCCCAGAAGCAGAUAAGUGCAUCCAGCCACAUAGGGCAAAGCCUUUUCUGUCAAAGUACCUCCACACAGACAGCAGUGAAUUUCAUCUGCUCUUCUACUGUCAGCAUUUCAUGGCUCGCGAUGCAAAUUGUUGCUCAGGUGCUCAACCUGAAUGGAAUUGGAAAAUAUUUAAAUAAUUAUGUCAAAAAUGAGUUCUUGCACAGUCUGCCUGCAAAAGCAGGCUUGUAAGGGAAGCAUGUCUUCAUCUGGGGAGUGAGGCUUCUGAGCUGUGACUUCUGUUUUGCUGUCAGCAUUUGCAGAUCUCAAAACAAACCCAACAGGACACAACAGAAAGUAGUGGUGCAGCUCCACACCUGCUUUGGCCUCGCUCUUCCAAAUUUUGCUGCUUCUCAGCCCCAAAGGCCAGUACCGCUCCUUUCCUCCCAUCUAUCUGAGCACUUCAUCAAGCCCCAUCAUCUCAUUCCCAGCCACAGCUGACCACAGACAUUGAUUGGUCAAGCAGAAAUCUUAAUUUCCCAGCUUUUUAUCCUGUUGAGGUUACUGAAUGAACAUCAAAAUUUAUUAAAUAAGCUAUAAGCUUAUUUAAUUUGCCCUCAGAUAAUAUUUUUUCAUCCAAGAAGCUACACUAAAUACUACCAACUGCAGCCUUUUUGCCUGAUGUGCUGCUUCAGAGCCUGGGAGUCACCAAGCUGCCCAGUACAGCACCCCUCUGCAGGCCAGACUGCCCCCCAAGUGAUGGGGCAGAAGUCCAGUACAUGAGGAGCCCAUGGAGAGCCCAGCCUCAGCUGCUUGUAUUCACAGAGAGCUCAAGAUGAAGGUGGACUCAUCUGCAAAAGCAGCAGCUCUGUGCCCGGAAGCAAAACGAGAGCUGGCAGAUUUGAGGAAGGAAGAAAAAACACUUGUGUACAUCCAUUUGUAGGAAGUGCAAGAGUCAAGGCUGUCCUCAACGCUGUAAAAAAGUAAUAGCUGUUCUGCAUGCUGGUAUUUCUAGAGAAAAGAUGUUAGGUGAAUCCAGUGAAAUGCUGAAUAUAUGCUGGAAAUAUAUUCAGAAGACGCUUCUACGAGGGGAGCAGAGGGACACGUGUCCAUCAUGUACACCAGCACCAGGACUCUCUGAAAAGGGUCAAACAGACCCAAACCACAGAAAGUACUGGACUGAUGGAGUGGAGAGGGUGGCUGCAGAGCUUUGCAGUCUGCCUGCUCUCCACAGCAGAGCUGUCCUGCAAACACAGCCACCAUAGAUGCUGUGCUGACCACAGGAAAUAUUUUCCUCACCCAAAGUGAAAUCUGAGCUGUUGUUGAUGCCAAGACAUAAGCAAAACCCAGGAGCCACAGAACGUGACAGCAAAGGAGAGAAUAUAAAAAAAUGCAAUAGCUAGCACCUGAAACCAAAAUGCUAUGGGGUGAAAGGCCUUCCUGGAACCACUCCUCACGUACAUCCUCCAACUGCAUGAAUGCUGCCCACAGCCCUGCCUGCAAUACCUAGCCACCAGAAAAAUAAACUGUUCAUUAAGGUAGUGAGGAUCAAAAGAGCCAACAUUGGAAGAACAGAAUUUGAUUAUACCAUAUGCUUUUAACUGUGGUUUUCUAUGGUUUUUGAGCCCUGUCAUUUUGUACUUUGUCUAUUCAUCUGACAAGCUGGCAAGUGCUCACAUAAGGAAUAGCAAAGGAAAGUUGCCAGCACUCUUACUGCAGUGUGCACCUGGGCCACGAGCUACAUGCCCUGUGUCAGGGAGAAGCAUGACCACCUAGCUGUCAGAGGAGUGUUUUAUAUACAUCUUUCAGAUAAAAAUGAUUUAUACUGCUGUAUCAAACAGUAUUAUUAAGACCUCACACUAAAUGCUUACUCUGCUUUCUCACCCACUUCUCUAGAGUGCUAAGGUGGUAGCAUGUGUGUUACUGUAUUGCAUCGAGCUUCCUCCCUAGUUGUUCUAUGCACACACGCAGCACCAAGCAGCUGCUCUGCUUGCGCUUGGCUUGUUCCCUCACCGCAUUUGCUCCUGGCAGGGUAAGGACUUGUGCACAGAUUUAUGGGGAGGAUGAAGCAGACCAGCACAAAAGGCUGGGCUGGGAACAACAACCUGUUUUUGUACAUCCUCCUUCAGAGAGAGGCCUAUGCACCUGCCCUGCCUGGGAGCAGCAUCAUCUGCAGGCUGUAGGCAGGCAACUCUUGGUUGGGGUAACCUUCACCUCCAGGAAAUCUUCACCUUUCUUACUGUAUUUUAUUUACAACUGAAGAAAAUUAUCACAAGCUCCUAUUUGAGGAUUGGUUUGUUUUUUUUUUUUUUUUUCAGGAUCAGCAGUAAGACUCCAUUUCUCCCCUGUGGACUGGUACAGAGACGAGUAUGGGGUGGGAGGCUUGGCAUCUUCCCCAGGUUCUUACCCUGCUCAAGGACUAGUCCAACCAACCACUGUAACUUGGUCCCCUGCCUAUUGCUAGGAUGAAAAGCAUGCCUUCCCUGCAAAGCACUGGCUUUGCAGAGCUGUGCUGAUAUAAAACAGUUACUGGUGCUUAGGAACCAUCACAUUUUUCCGAACCAUUUGCUCCUUUUCUUCCAGUUUUUAUCCAAAUCUUUUGUUUAAAACUUUUUUUUUUUUUUUAGUUCUCUGCUUAAUUUGUUAUUUGUAAGCAUGCUUUAAUAAAGAAAUGUAUUUUUAACAAGCUUCUGUCAAACUCUUGGGACACUGGGAAGAUUAGGCUGUUGUUUGUAAAACUGUGUAGCACUUCACAAAUGCCGUAAGCCAGAAGCAACAUGAGUGUUUCCAGCCCAGGUCAGCUCAACUUGCAUGCUGGUCUCAAUCCUUGGGGUCUUGAUGUCUCAGGAUACAUUUUGAGUCUCACAUUGCAUAAAGCUGCCCAGGGCAGGACUUCUUUAUGGGCUGAUCCUGCUGUCCACCAUCCUGCUGUGACUGUGGCCAGUUUGCCAGCCAGGGUGAUGCCACUGAUGAGGCUUAUGAGCUUUCAAGGUCCCUAUGGGAUGUGGCGUUUCAAGAUCUGACAUGACUGUGAGCUCGCCAGAGCCAUGCACUUCAGAAAUUAAUGGCUCUUCCCAAAAGUGUGCCUGUGACUGCUCUUUGAAAUCUUCCUUCACUCUUUGUGUCUGAUCACAGGCUCUGUAAGAGGCUGAAACCUCUGGCUACUUUUUAACAUCUCCCUCUGCACAUGCCCUCUGCACUGAGUGUGAAUGUCUGCUUGCCUGCAAGCUCUGACCUACAGAGAGGAGCCCAAGGGGAAGGAUGCACACUUUGGCAUCCCAACAGCUUUUGGGGCAUGCACUGUUCUGCUAUCGCAGUACGUCACUCCUGGUGGGCAGAUAAUGCUGAGUAUCAAUUCCACAUCCACCAUGUUGGGGCUGCACUUCAUGCCCAGCAUGCCUGUUCAAUCCAGACCUGCUUCCAGAGCUUUCAUCCUCACCCACAGGCUGUAGUGGUCACACUGUGUGACAACAUCCCACCACAUUUUCCUGCCUGCUUCUGC